AAUUAACAAAAUUUUAGCCAGCCUAACUUUCAUUACAUAACUUUUACACAACACGCUCCAAGUUUGAAUGGUCAUAGCUAGUAUCUCUUGAUAUUACACGAUUUCUCUCGUGUUUUCUAUGAUUUUUGCAGACGAUAUGGACGUGUCGGUGUUGUACAAGUCCGCGGCGCUGGACCUGGGGAUCCAGUGGGUUGGCUGGGCGGCGGCAGUGGUCUUCAGCACCGAGAAGUUUUUCGACUUGGCGGGGUCGGCAACAUACGCCCUGCUGGCCUACCUGUCUCUUCAGUGGGGAGGGGGGCACUUCACCAGGCAGAAGGUCCAGACCACCCUAGUUCUAAUCUGGGCCUUACGUCUGGGCUCCUACCUGUUCCUGAGAGUACUUAGAGAAGGGAAGGACACAAGGUUUGACGAGGCCAAGCGGAACCCCGCCCAUUUCCUGGUGUUCUGGACCCUCCAGGCUGUCUGGGUCUUCAUCACCCUCCUGCCAACCCUCAUCCUUAAUGCCAAGUCCAGGGACAGGAGUCUGGGCUUCCAGGACUACCUUGGCUGGUCCAUCUGGGCUGUGGGGAUCCUCCUAGAGGCCGUGGCUGACUAUCAGAAGUCUGACUUCAAGGCAGACCCUGAAAACUCUGGAAAGUUUAUCCAGUCUGGCCUAUGGAGUAUCAGCCAGCACCCAAACUACCUUGGUGAGAUCAGCCUGUGGUUGGGUCUGUACAUCACUGCAGCUGGAGUCCUGAGUGGCUGGGAACACAUCAGUAUUGUUUCCCCUAUGUUUGUAGCCUUCUUGUUGUUAAAAGUCAGUGGGGUUCCCCUGUUAGAUGAACUGGGCAUGAAGAGGUGGGGAAACAACCCAGGGUAUCUGGCUUAUAGGGAGAGGACAGCAGUUUUGGUGCCUUAUGUGUGGUAGUGUAAUUAUAGUAAGAUGCAUCAUUUUUUUCUGGUUCAAUAUGUGCUUGCUAUACCUAUACCUAUGUGCUGUAGGUCAAAGUGAACUUAGAGAUAGUACCAAUAUAGAAUAUUUAAGCAUAUACAAAACUUUCAAUGGGUUUAGGUUUUUGUUUUUUUCUCUCCCGUGCUUGUUGCCUUCCUGUUGUUAAAACUAAUAAAAGUCAGUGGGGUUCCCCUGUUGGAUGAACUGGGCAUGAAGAGAUGGGGAAACAACCCAGGGUAUCUGGCUUAUAGGGAGAGGACAGCAGUUUUGGUGCCUUAUGUGUGGUAGUAUGAUUUACAGUAAUAUGCAUUUAUCGACUCAGAGUACUUAUAUUCUGGUUCAAUGACUGCUUGAUACAAACACCAGCAAAGGAAGCAAAAUAAGACAGUGGUGUCCCUUUUGCACUUCUAGCCAUAUGUGCUAUAGUUCAAAAUGAACUUUAAAGACCUUAAUAACAGUAAAAAAAUAUAGACUGUAUUUCAUCAUGAACAAAAGUUUCAAUGGUACUUUUUUUGGUGUGUUUUUUUCUCUCCCAUGUCUGUUGCCUUCCUGUUGGUAAAAGUUAAUGGGGUCCCUCUGCUAGAUAGGUAAGGGAUAAAGAAGGUUGGGGAACAACCCAGGGAAUAUUGUUUAUAUAUAGAGACAAUCUUGGUGCCUUUUGUGUGGUGAAGUUAUGAUAAGUUAGUUGACUUACACUUUACUUAAGGGGGAGACACAAACACUCAGGCUACUCUUAAUUCCUUUUCUCAAUUAUCUAUGAUUGUGUAAGGGGGCCAUGUUACCCUCAAAAUUGAUAAAUAAAAUGAAAUGUUUGCA